AUUCUAUUUUUCAAUAUCACAUCACAAAAUCUCAUUUUGCUUUAUUAUAUAUCUCUUGAUUAAUAUUUUUUAUUUUAAUUGAAAUUUUUUUGUUGAAAUUUUUGUGAAAAAAAUGACUAUUCUCAUUGAGCAGCCUGAGUUUGGAUUACAAGUGGAGGAGAAAAGAGUACCAUUCAAUGCCAGUGAACUUAUUUUGGAUGGUGGAUUUGUGGUACCAAACACAUUGUCUUCUAAUAAUGAUGAUGAAAUAUUUGAAGUGCCAAACAUAAAUGCAUUUGGUCAAUCAUUUAGGGAUUAUAAUGCAGAAAGUGAAAGGCAAAAGACAGUGGAGGAAUUUUAUAGGGUUCAACACAUUAACCAAACAUAUGACUAUGUAAAAAGAAUGAGAGAAGAAUAUGGAAAAUUGAACAAGAUUGAAAUGAGUAUUUGGGAUUGUUGUGAACUUUUGAAUGAUGUUAUUGAUGAUAGUGAUCCAGAUUUGGAUGAACCACAAAUUGAGCAUUUGUUACAAACAGCUGAAGCUAUUAGAAAAGAUUAUCCAAAUGAAGAUUGGCUUCAUUUGACUGGUCUUAUUCAUGAUCUUGGGAAAGUGCUACUUCACCCAAGUUUUGGAGGGCUUCCUCAAUGGGCUGUUGUUGGAGAUACAUUUCCUCUUGGAUGUGCUUUUGAUGAAUCAAUUGUUCACCACAAGUAUUUUAAGGAAAAUUCAGACAUCAACAACACAAUUUAUAACACAAAAAAUGGUGUAUAUGAAGAAGGUUGUGGACUUGACAAAGUAGUUAUGUCAUGGGGACAUGAUGAUUAUAUGUACUUAGUUUCAAAGGAAAAUGGAACUACUCUUCCUUCUGCGGCUUUAUUCGUAAUUCGUUACCAUUCUUUCUAUGCAUUACAUAAAUCAGGAGCAUAUAUACACUUGAUGAAUGAGGAGGACAAAGAGAACAUGAAGUGGCUCAACAUUUUUAACAAAUAUGAUUUAUAUAGCAAGAGCAAAGUUCGAAUUGAUGUGGAAAAAGUCAAGCCGUACUAUCUCUCUCUCAUUGAAAAGUAUUUCCCAACAAAGUUGAGAUGGUGAAUAAGAAGCAUUUUGGUGGCAGAGUAAUUUCAUAUAAUUCAUUGAUGAUGGAAAAAUAGCUAUUUAUAAAUAGCUAUAUUUCACCUCCCUUUGUUGAUUAUUAAAAUAUUUAUUUAUCCUUUCGAAAUUUCUGUAUUUUUUUUUUUUUCAACAAAUGUAUUUCUUUCUUUUCAUUCAUUCAUGAAUAAAUCCCAUUGAUAGUUCGGUCAUCA